ACCAUUCAUUUAACUUUCGCAACAUUAAAACCAAUUUUUCUACAAUGUCUUUAGAAGAGCUCAAGCAACAACGGGCUAAUAUAAAAAAGAAUAUUUCUCGCAUUAAAAACAUAGUUGAGGCCAGUCUACGACCUGGUGGUAAGGCACUUUCAGUAGCCGAGUACAAAUGCCGACUCGGUAUUCUUGAAUCAUAUUUCAAGAAUGUAUUGUCCAUACAAACGGACAUCGAGAGGCUGGACUCUGAGGAUGGCGGUCGUGCAGACUUGGAAGAGCUGUAUAUUACAACGAAACUGACUAUUCAGUCGCAGCUUUCCGAGGAUCACAACGCCACACUGUCAGACACAACUUGUGUCAUGCAGGCAAGCUCGAAGCUACCCAAGCUUAAACUCCCAUCAUUCAGCGGCAAGUACUCUGAAUAUCAAAAUUUUAUUACGUCCUUCAAACAAAUUAUUGACCGAGAGUUUAGCCUGUCUAAUAUAGAGAAAUUUAACCAUUUGCGCAACUGUCUCCAUGGUCCGGCAUUAGAAACCAUCGACGCGUUUCAAGUCUCCAACGAAAAUUAUUCCAAGGCUUUGGAGAGACUUAAGGCUCGAAGGCAGAUGAGGAGACCAACCGUAAGUGGAAGGAGUCUUUGGACUUUAAAACGCUACCGAGCUGGGAAGAUUGCACCAAGGUUUUAGAGAGGCAUUGCCAAUACCUCGACUCAAUUGACAGUGCCCACGCCGUUGGACCCAUACACCAAACCCCCACCAAAACACCAAAGGCAAAAAAUUCACACAAGGGUUAUUCCUUUUCUUGCUCGAAUUCGUCUUGUUCGGUAUGUUCCAGCAACAGCCACAAAUUACAAAAUUGCGAACGUUUCAAGGCUCUUAGUGUGUCGCAACGCUUUGACCAUGCGAAGAAGAUGGGCCUCUGCAUCAACUGCUUGUCAAAGGGACAUCAAUUAUCGAACUGCGCAUCAACACAUAAGUGCAGAGUUUGCUCUCGUCAACACCAUAGUUUGUUGCAUCGUGGGACCACGCCAGAUUCGUCGAACUCUACUUCGACAUCCGCCGUUCACACACACAUGAACAACUCAUUGUCGGACCAUAUUAUUCUCGCCACUGCUAUGGUUUUGGUUCGCGACGCUUCCGGAAAUUAUCGUCUUGGCCGAGCUUUGUUGGAUUCCUGCUCACAGGUGAAUUUCAUUACCGACGAGCUUUCGCAGAAGUUGAUGCUUCCACGCUGCAAACACAAUAUUGAGAUACAAAGUAUUGGUAAGUCUUCCACUAAUAUUAAAUAUAAGACUUCCACCAACAUAAAGUCGCAAGCAACUGGGUUCGAGCUACCGCUCACAUUUUGCAUCACGUCGCAUAUUGCUUAUUAGCCUGAACCGGAAAUAGACACAUCCUCUUGGGACAUUCCAUCCAACAUUGUGUUGGCUGACGACCAAUUUAAUAAAUCAAGGAAAAUUGACUUGCUUUUGGGAACAGAAAGUUUUUUCAGUCUACUCUCUGUAGGUCAAAUAAAACUCGGAAAUAAUUUACCUAUUUUACAGAAAACCCUGCUGGGCUGGGUCGUUUCUGGACGCUAUCGUGCGAGCUGUAAUGCUCCAAACACCAAAUGCUUGCUUGCCUGUAAGGACUCUAUAGAUUCAAGGUUGGAAAAAUUAUUCCAGAUUGAAGAAGUUGCAACAAAGUCGGACGUGUGGACUCGUGAGCAAUAUAGCUGCGAAAAACUAUAUAAUGACACCGCUACUCGUAACGCUAAUGGCCGGAUUGUAGUUAAAAUUCCAUUCAAGGACGAUCCGGCCUGCUUAGGUGAAUCAUACACUACAGCCUUGCGAAGAUUUAAUGCGCUAGAACGUCGGUUACAACGGUCCCCUAUCCUCAGGACACAGUACGUCGCAUUCAUGGAUGAGUAUGAGAAUCUAGGCCAUAUGCAAGCAGUGCCCAACCCGAAAUUGAACGAACCUCACUACUUUAUUCCCCACCACUGCGUUUUGAAGCCGAAUAGCACAACCACGAAGCUAAGAGUUGUCUUCGACGCAUCUUGUCGAACAACUACGCAGAAAUCGAUAAACGACAUCCAAAUAGUAGGACCUACUAUCCAAAGCAAGCUUGUAACUCUGUUGCUUCGUUUUCGCUUACAUCGCUUCGCUCUUACAGCAGACAUCGUGAAAAUGUAUAGGCAGGUGCUAGUCAGUGAGGAACAUCGCAAAUUCCAGUAUAUUUUGUGGAGGAGUUCGCCUCAUCAAGAUAUUAAAACAUUUCAGCUCAACACAGUCACGUACGGAAUGGCAGCCGCACCAUACCUCGCAGUACGCAGUCUACAUUACCUAGCCGAUCAAUAUGUGUCGCAAUUCGUCGUUGGGUCAACUGUCGUCAAGUCAUCGUUCUACGUCGACGAUUUGCUGUGUGGUGCUGACUCGCUUGCAGAGCUAUCACGGAUUAAAAAUGAGAUAACAGAAUUACUAAAAUUAGGUGGACUAGAGCUGGCAAAAUGGCACUCUAACCACCAGCGUUUCAGAGGCGAACACACUGACAAGGAUUUGAAUCUCGACAACUCUGUCACCAGUGCUCUUGGUCUUAAAUGGGAUCAGAUUCAUGACAAUUUUCUAUUUUAUUUCCUACCAAAGCAGCCACUAAACGGCCGUGUUACAAAAAGGACAAUACUAUCCAUCGCAUCAUCGCUCUUCGACCCACUUGGCCUCCUAGCGCCAGUGACCGUCACGGCUAAAAUUUUGCUUCAGGAGCUGUGGUUGCUGAAAC